AUGGAUGUUGAUGUGGCUACGGAAAUCAUGAGCAGGCUACCUGUGCGGUCACUUUUACAAUUCAAAUGUGUUUCAAAAUUAUGGAUGACAUUGAUUUCCGACCCUUACUUUUCGAAGAAGCAUCUCAAUCAUGCCAGGAAUGAUGUUCAACGGAUUGAGCACGUACAAAAACUUGAUUUUCCUUGUAAUGAUAAACCAUGGCGUUACUCAUUAUAUUGUUGUUGCAAUGGCAUGGCGCUUAUGGGGUUUUGUAAUUAUCCCGAUAAACACUUCCAACUUUUGCUAUGGAACCCUUCCACGAGAGAAUCAAUGGUACUUCCCGAUCCGAAAAUUCUUCCAAAGGACUAUUGUACCUGGGGAUUGGGAUAUGACUCGGCUAGUGAUGACUAUAAGAUCCUUAAGAUUGAUGACAAAUCAUGCAGUGAAAUUCUCGCGCUGAAAAGUGCUUCCUGGAGAUUACUUGAUAAGCAUCCUAUUGACGUUCACCCUAUGCUUAAAUCUACCGGCUCUUUGUAUUUCAGACGAGGUGUACAGAGAGAUACCAUUGCCAGAGCAACUAUACUCGAAUUUCUCCAGGUUGUUUGGAAGGGGUGUUUCAGUAUUGGGAGGAAUGCUCUUGAAAUUCUCGCGUUGAAAAGUGGUUCUUGGAGAAUAAUGGAUAAACAUCCUAAUAUUGAAGAGCAUUAUUUCAUUAAUAUUAUCUUUAACUAUAAUCACGUGUUGCCUUGGUGUUGCACUACUAGAGACUCUUUGGCAUUUGUACAUGGGGCAUUUCAUUGGCUUAUUAGUUCGUUAACGAAAUAUUAUGUGAUGUCAUUUAGUAUUUCUGACGAGGUGUACAGAGAUAUACCAUUGCCAGAGCAAAUGUACUCGAAUUUCUCAAAAUUGUGCGGACGGGGUGUUUCAAUAUUGGGAGGAACGCUUUGUGCUUAUUCUCAUUGUGUGUCUGAUUGGAAGGACAUGUUUAAAUUUUGGGUCAUGAAAGACUAUGUCAACGCAUCUUGGACUGAAUUGUUUACUAUACAAGGACAUCCAAUGGACUAUUUGGAUUAUGGCCUCGAUCUGAUGUCAUUUAGCAAGGAUUCGUUUAUACAGAAAGUUUGA